AUGGGUUUGGGCAGCAGAGAUGGGUUAGGGCAGCAGAGAUGGGUUUGGGCAGCAGAGAUGGGUUUGGGCAGCAGAGAUGGGUUUGGGCAGCAGAGAUGGGAAAGCAAUAUGCGGAUGGGGAUGGGGAUGGGGACGGGGAUGGGGAUGGGGAUGGGGAUGGGGAUGGGGAUGGGGAUGGGGAUGGGGAUGGGGAUGGGGAUGGGGAUGGGGAUGGGGAUGGGGAUGGGGAUGGGGAUGGGGAUGGGGAUGGGGAUGGGGAUGGGGAUGGGGAUGGGGAUGGGGAUGGGGAUGAGUAUGGGGAUAGGGGAUGGGGAUGGGGAUGGGGAUGGGGAUGGGGAUGGGGAUGGGGAUGGGGAUGGGGAUGGGGAUGGGGAUGGGGAUGGGGAUGGGGAUGGGGAUGGGGAUGGGGAUGGGGAUGGGGAUGGGGAUGGGGAUGGGGAUGGGGAUGGGGAUGGGGAUGGGGAUGGGGAUGGGGAUGGGGAUGGGGAUGGGGAUGGGGAUGGGGAUGGGGAUGGGGAUGGGGAUGGGGAUGGGGAUGGGGAUGGGGAUGGGGAUGGGGAUGGGGAUGGGGAUGGGGAUGGGGAUGGGGAUGGGGAUGGGGAUGGGGAUGGGGAUGGGGAUGGGGAUGGGGAUGGGGAUGGGGAUGGGGAUGGGGAUGGGGAUGGGGAUGGGGAUGGGGAUGGGGAUGGGGAUGGGGAUGGGGAUGGGGAUGGGGAUUGGGAAAGAGUUGGGCAUGGGGAUGGGGAUGGGAUAGGAUGGCCUGUGUGGUAA